GUAAUUUUGUCCUAUUGGUUUUAAUUUGGAAAUAUGAAAUCGUUGUUAAACUUUUUAAAAUUAAAAAAUAUAUUAUCAACGGAUCUCCCAAACCGUUUAUCACGCUUAUCACUUUUCGAGAGAUCUGACCCCAUGGCCUAUAGGCUAUACUCCAUCAAAGAUACUACCUACUACCUAGGACAAACUAUAAAUCGCAAUUACUAAAGUAAAACAAAUAUUUGUUAUUUUAUUAUUAAUUUAAACUUUUUAAGUAUUUGAGUGAAGUUUGAAAAUACUAUAAGUUGCCCAACUAUAACUUCAUUACCAAUUUAAAACAAGAUAACUCUGGGCCUGUUGUAUAAAAUAUUUUUUUGCCAUUGCUUUAGGAUCAUUUGAAGUGAGUAAUAGAACCAAAAGACUGACUUUCAAUGCUCGUAUGCACAUGCUCAGUCCUCUAGUAUCAAAAAAUAAUAAUACCAAUCUAAAAGUUAUACUUCUAAUUUACAAAACUCUCCUGAAAUCUAUUUGAACUUAUGGCAUACAGCUCUGGGAUUCAGCAAAAAAAUCCAAUACCAAUAAAAUAAAUAAGAAGGAAUAACUAAAUAGCUGAGAAAAAAUGCAUCAUUUAUUGAAGUAUAUAUUUGUUUCAAGCCAGUGUUGCUGUAAAAUGUAUUUACCUCAGUGCAGAAUGUGUUUUCCAACUGUAAUUUCAAAUAAUAAAUCAUUUUUAUCAGUACGAUUAUAUAAAAAUCACAGGAUUACAACAAAUGUUUAUUUUGCGGAUGAUCGAUUUUCUAAACGCCAUAAUAAACUGAAAAAUGCUAUUCGAGAUAAGCAGAUUAUUUUACAAAAAACUAAACAAAAAUUUCAAAACAAAAGUAAAUUCAUACUGGAUGACAUCAAAGAAACUAAAUCAAAAGUACGAGAUACUAUAAAGGAGAAUAUUUGGACUAUACCUAAUAUGUUAUGUAUGACCAGAAUAGUUUUAAGUCCUUAUUUAGGUUAUCUUAUUGUCAAUGGAAAUUUUGAAUAUGCUCUCAGUUUUGUGGCCAUAGCAAGCAUAACCGACUUAAUUGACGGGUGGAUUGCUAGAAAUUUUGUAGGUCAAAAAUCAAAAUUGGGUAGUUUUUUGGACCCAAUGGCAGACAAAGUUCUUGUUGGUACUAUGUUUUUCACAUUAACUUAUAUAGGUUUAAUCCCAAUGUAUCUUACUGGUAUAAUUAUAUUAAGGGAUCUAGUUUUAAUUGGCGCUGCUUUCCAAAUUCAUUAUAUGUCAAUACCUAAACCCAGGACUUUAAGCAAAUUAUUUGAUGUUACUAAUACCAAUGUUCAAUUAGCACCCAUGUUCAUAAGCAAGAUAAAUACCACAGUUCAAUUAACAAUGGUUUGUGCUACUAUAGCAGCUCCAGUGUUUGAUUUUGUUGAUCAUCCUGCGCUCAAAGUGUUGUGGUGGUUGACAACUGCUACUACAGUGUCAUCAGCAAUAAGUUAUAUAGUACAUAGAAAAAAGACUUAUAAAAUAUUUAAAAACCUAAAAAGAUAAUUUUUUUUUUUUUUACUUAUAUUUGAUCAUACAUAACAGUGUCUUUGACAAGAAAUGUUUUAAUUUAAAUUUAAGUAAUACAAAUUAUUCUAAAUUUAUGUGUUUAUUAUGACUUAAGAGUAAGCAUUGAAUAUAGAAUAUAAUUUAUAAAAUAUAUGUAC